AUGUCGGACGACGAUUUCAUGAUGGAGUCCGACAACGAGGACACACAGUAUGACUUUGAGUACGAAGACGACGACAUGGCGUCGAAUUCCUCAAACGUCGACAUCGAAAACAAGUACUACAACGCAAAAGCACUAAAAGAGGAAGACGACAUCGAGCCCGCGAUCGCCGAGUUCCUGGGCGUGGUCGAGAGCGAGCCCGAGAAAGGCGAGUGGGGAUUCAAAGCGCUGAAGCAGGUCGUCAAGCUGCUUUUCCAUCGCCAGGAGCACGAGCGGACGCUAAAGUACUACACGCAGCUGCUGACGUAUACAAAGUCUGCUGUGACGCGGAAUUACUCGGAAAAGAGUCUGAACAAUAUCCUCGACUACGUCUCGAGCGGGACGUCUGACGUUGGGUUUAUGGAGAAUUUCUACUCAAUCACGUUGACUGCGCUCGAGGACGCGAAGAACGAGAGACUGUGGAUUAAGACGAAUCUGAAGCUGGCGAAGCUGUGGCUUGUGAGGGGGGAGUAUGGUCGGUUGAACAGGAUUUUGAAGGUCUUGCAUCAGGCGUGUCAGAUGGACGAUGGCGGGGACGAUCAGUCAAAGGGAACGUAUCUGUUGGAGGUUUACGCGCUCGAGAUUCAGAUGUAUACGGAGACCAAGAACAACAAGAAGCUAAAGGAACUAUACAACCGCACGCUGCAGAUCAAUUCGGCGAUCCCGCAUCCUAAAAUCAUGGGCGUGAUUCGCGAGUGUGGAGGAAAGAUGCACAUGUCAGAGAAGCAAUGGGAGAAAGCGCGCGAGGAUUUUUUCGAGUCGUUUAGGAACUACGACGAGGCCGGCGACGCGCAGCGGAUACAGGUGCUCAAGUACCUCGUGCUGGCGGUCAUGCUCUCGAACGCGGACGACAUCAACCCGUUUGAGUCGCAGGAGACGAAGCCGUACAAGUCGAAUCCGCAGAUCGCGGCGAUGAACAGCCUGGUGGACGCGUACCAGCGGUCGGAUAUCCAUGAUUUCCAGGCGGUCCUGCGCGAGAACGGCGGGCGGAACGGGAUCAUGAGUGAUCCGUUCAUCCAGUUUUAUCUCGACGACGUGCUGCGGCGGAUCCGGUCGAAGUUUGUGGUGAACAUGAUUGCGCCGUACUCGCGCAUCGAGGUCGCGUACCUGGCCAAGACGCUCGGGAUCACGGACGAGGAGAUGGAGGAUCUGCUGGUGAUGCUGAUUCUGGACCAGCAGAUCAAGGGCAAGAUCGACGAGGUCACGGGCCGGCUCGAGAUCGAGGUUGCGGCGGACACGGGCGCGGAGGAGGCGGUCGCGGGGACGGAGAAGCGCGAGCGCGAGCAGGCGGCGCGGGCGGCUGCGGCGGAGGACACGCGGUUCAAGGCGCUCGGGAUGUGGGGGACGGGCGUCGGGCGGCUUACGAGGGCUGCGUUUGCUACGGCGGGAGGGGUGGAGCCUGGGUUUAUGCGGGCGUAG